CGCAGACCGGAGUGGGAAAGUGACAGCUACUCCAGCUACCAGUCUGGCACAGUCUCCCCCUGAGUAAGGGUGCUGGGAGCAUGGACAUAUGCAGAGGGCUCUUCACUGCCUGGGCUCUGUGCCUCCUGCCAGGCUUAAGCAACGCAUUCAAUAUCGAUCAUAAGAAGCCGAAGAUUAUCCCUGGGUCCAAAGAGGCUUUCUUUGGCUACACCAUACAGCAACAUCAGAUUGCCAACAAGAAAUGGUUGGUGGUGGGAGCGCCCUUUGAAAUGAAUGGAGCGCAGAGGACAGGAGACAUAUACAAAUGCUCCGUCACCAAUGACACAACCAGUGACUGCACCAAACUUGGAAUUGGCAGGGUGACGCUGUCCAAUGUAUCAGAAAGGAAGGAUAACAUGCGCUUGGGAAUGAGUUUAAUCACAAACCCUAAGGACAAUAGCUUUGUGGCUUGCAGCCCUCUCUGGUCCCAUGAAUGUGGAAGCUCUUAUUACACCACAGGAAUGUGCUCCAGAGUCAACUCCAACUUCCGCUUCUCUAGAAUAGUGGCCCCGGCUCUGCAGAGAUGCCCAACUUUUAUGGAUAUUGUCAUUGUGCUGGAUGGGUCCAACAGUAUCUACCCUUGGGUGGAGGUUCAGAGUUUCCUCAUCAGCAUCUUACAGAAAUUCUAUGUCGGCCCCGGGCAGAUACAGGUUGGAGUGCUGCAGUAUGGAGAGGAUGUGGUACAUGAGUUCCAUCUCAACGACUUUCGCUCAGUGAAUGAAGUGGUAGAGGCAGCAAAACGCAUUGAGCAAAGAGGGGGUACUGAAACACGUACCGCUCUGGGAAUCGAGAAAGCACGCUCAGAGGCUUUCCAGCAUGGUGGAAGAAAAGGAGCCAAGAAAGUGAUGAUUGUUAUUACAGAUGGAGAGUCACACGACAGCCCAGACUUGGACAGAGUGAUAGAGAGCAGUGAAAGGGACAACAUCACACGCUAUGCAGUGGCGGUUCUGGGUUAUUACAACAGACGAGGGAUUAAUCCUGAAGCUUUCUUGAAUGAAAUAAAGUUCAUUGCCAGUGACCCUGAUGACAAGCAUUUUUUUAAUGUAACAGAUGAGGCUGCGCUGAAAGACAUUGUGGAUGCACUUGGGGAAAGGAUAUUUAGCCUUGAAGGAGGAACAAGUAAGAAUGAGACAUCCUUUGGAUUGGAGAUGUCACAGGCUGGUUUCUCACUGCAUGCGGUGGAGGAUGGGAUAAUAGUAGGUGCCGUAGGAGCAUAUGACUGGAAUGGAGCUGUUCUUAAGGAGACCAGCGGUGGAAAAGUAAUACCACGGAGGGAGUCUUACCUGAAAGAGUUCCCUGAUGAGCUGAAGAACCACGCAGCUUACCUUGGUUACACGGUCACCUCCGUGAUGACAUCCCAGCAUGGCAGGCUCUAUGUCGCUGGGGCUCCACGGUUCAACCAUACAGGGAAAGUGAUUCUCUUCAGCAUGCACGGCAUGGACAACCUGAUUAUCCACCAAGCAUUACGGGGAGAGCAGAUUGGAUCAUAUUUUGGUGGUGUAGUGGACUCGGUGGAUGUAGAUGGUGAUGGAAUAACAGAUGUAUUGUUGGUUGGCGCGCCAAUGUUCUUCAGUGAUGGACGAGAGAGGGGCCGGGUAUAUAUGUAUGGUCUGAAAGAGAAACGGCUUACCCCAGAUGGAGUCUUGCGAGACUGGGAUAGCUCCCAGAACUCACGUUUUGGAUCAUCCAUUGCUGCUGUGCCCGAUCUCAACCAAGACUCAUACAAUGAUGUCGUGAUUGGGGCGCCUUUAGAAGAUGACAACAAGGGAGCGAUAUAUAUUUUCCAUGGUAUGAAAAAGAGCAUUCUGAAGAGACAUAAACAGCGCAUCGCUGCCGCAGAGCUGGCCCCUGGACUGGCCUACUUUGGCAGCAGCAUCCAUGGAGAGAUGGAUAUGAAUGAUGAUGGACUGGUGGACCUAGCAGUGGGAUCCAUGGGGAAUGCUGUGUUGUUGUGGGCACGCAGCGUGGUACAGAUAAAUGCCACUAUCUAUUUUGAGCCACCAAAGAUAAACAUCUUCAACAAGGAGUGCCACCGGAAUGGGAGAGAAGCUACGUGUAUGGCAGCCUUUGUCUGCUUUGCCCCUUUUUUUAAAGCAGCCCAGUUCCAGGGUCAGGCUGUAGCCAUUAAGUACAACGUGACCAUAGAUGAAAGAAGGUACACACCACGGGCUGUGAUUGAUGACAUUGGAGGAGAUAAACACUUUGUGAAAACCAUCAGAGCCACCAGUGGGCAUAGUCAGUGCCAACAGCUGAACUUCCAUGUUCUGGACACAGCGGACUAUGUGAAACCUAUCACUUUUUCACUGGAAUAUGAACUGGCAUUUUCAGACUCAGGUCCGGUGCUACAAGAAGAUUGGCCAACAUCCCUGAAAGCCUCUGUCGCAUUCUGGAAUGGUUGUAACCAAGAUGAACACUGUGUAUCUGAUCUUGUACUGGAUGUGAAGCAUGAUAUCCCCACUGCAUUGGAGUUCUGUCAGCGCUCUCUCAGGAAACCCCCACCGGAUUGCACGGCGUUCAUCCACUCUUUCGACAACUCUGUCUUUAUUAUUCAGAGGAGCAAGCGGCGGAUAGCAUUGGAGGUGCUGUUAGAAAAUAGAGGGGAGAAUGCAUACAGCACCGUGCUCAACAUUUCCUGCUCACAGAAUCUGCAGUUUGCCAGCUUGGUCCCCAAGGAGGAAUCAGACGUGAAAAUCGAAUGUAAGACAGAUGAGCAGAUUCCGCACACCAAGCUCUGUAAUGUGAGCUAUCCCUUCUUUAGAGCCAAAGCCAAGGUGAUGUUCCGGCUGGACUUUGAAUUUAGCAAAUCCCUCUUCCUCCCAUCCCUGCAAAUCUACCUCUCGGCAAACAGUGACAGUGAAGAGCUAGAAGACACACGGUCUGACAAUGAAGUUCUCCUGGAUUUCAACCUGAAGUACGAAUCGGAUCUUAUGUUCACCAGGCAUUCUACACUGGAUCAAUAUGAAAUUACCUCUGAUCGAUCAAAGGAUCCUUAUAAUGCUAUUGGACCUCCUUUCAACUGCACCUUUAUGAUCCAGAAUUUAGGCUUCUUUUCUGAAUAUGUCAACAUUGAGAUCUCAGUCCCUGUGGCUACCCGUGGCGGGAACCGUCUGCUCUUCUUAAAGGACCUAAUAAGUGACCAGAAUGCAGCCUGCAGCAUUAGGGGGAACGGCACUGAUUACCGAAGGAAACCAUCUAAAGAAGAUUUAAGUCACAUCCCUCAGCUGAACAAGAGUAACUCAGAUAUUGUGUCCAUUGAAUGCAACCUGAAUUUGGCAUCAAACCAUGAGGUCACAUUCACCGUGCACGGGCAGCUGUGGAGGAAAUCGUUCCGGGCGUUGAAUUUCCGUUCGGUGAAACUGGUUAUGUCUGCAACAUUAAACCGCCAAUUCCACAGUCCUUUUAUUUACCCCGAGGAAGAUCCUACUCGACAGAUCACAUUUGACAUCUCCAAGCAGGAGGAAUGGGAUGUCCCCAUAUGGAUUAUAAUCAGCAGCACAUUAGGAGGACUCCUACUCCUGGCACUCUUGGUUCUGAUUCUUUGGAAGCUGGGAUUCUUUAAACGCAGUCACCCCGAGAGAGAGGAAGAGGACAAGGUUCUGGAGUAAAGCCCAGAGGAAGGGCUUCACCUAUUUAACCCUUUGUUUGCCCUUGUAAAUAGUAAAAAAGUGACGGGCAGGAGGGAGACGACGGAUAUAAUCUUAAGAACUACAAAAAAAAUGGAGCGUCAAGAAAAGCCCCUUCCUGUACCAAGCCCAUGAUGUCUUCAGUAACUCCAUUUUAUUACUGAAUACACCCUCAGGGAGCAGGAAAGAGGAGCUCCCUCCUUCAGGGAUAUGGGCCGCUAUUUAUUUAAUGUUUACCUUCAUUGGACUUUCAGCCAUUGCCUGAAUACGCAAAGCUCUGACAGGUUCUGCUCAGGGAUUAGUCCUUCACUACCAGAAAGGUGGAGACCACUGCCCAUUUCCCCAGGACCUUUCCCUAACAGACCUGGAUUCUUUUUUUAAAUGAUAGUAUUUUUCAAAACCUGCAUCAUUGAGACUGAUGCUUAUUCUAUGGAUGGUACGUAGGACAUAACCAACUGAAAGACUGGAUCAGGUCCUGAACCAAAGACACUGAUCAGAGAAUUGUUCUAAUGUUAUGGUCAUACAAAAGCGCUAUCAUCCUCAAGACAUUGACAGAACAUUAAAA